CAGGAAGGAUUUCAUUAAGCGCUUAGUAAAUUCCCCGAUUGUGCACCCAGUAUUUCGUCUGUGCAAACAACUAAGACACCCUCAAUAAUACAUUACAGAGUUUUUGGAUAUAUCAAUUAAUAACAAUGGCAGCUUUUCCUGAAAGAUCUGAUCUGUAUCACCGAGACGUAGCUACUGGCGGGGAAGACACAGUUGAUGAUAAAAUAAUGGAGCAAGGAGUGGUCGUUUUCAGAGGAUACGUUAUACAGAGAGUAAACACAGAUGACCCUGAAGUGCGUUUGACUCCUGAAGAUUUGGGCGGAAAACCAAACGAAGGACAGGAACCAAAAAUAAAGGAAGUGGUGGCAUGUCUGAUUCAUAUUACCGACGAGCUCAACAGGGAUGGUAAACUUGAUAACCUAAUCAAUAGCAUUGAUUCUGAUUCUUCCAAGAAUGUGUUCUUCACCGUGGCGAAACAGAUUUUCUCCGAUGACGUAACGUGGGGCAAAGUGGUUGCACUUUUUCAUUUUGCGUACAAACUUGUAUACAAGGCACUGACAGAAAAACACUGCGACAUCAUCCACAACAUCAUUAGCUGGCUACUGGAGUUCAUCAGGGAAAACAUUUCCUUAUGGAUCAGGCAGCAUGGUGGAUGGGGAUCUGAUGGCCAACGGACCCCAUACCUCAUACUGCUGAAGAAGCCCCCCCGAGGGACACGAUCAUAUGCCUUUUCCAAAUCCACAAAACACAUGUAGACUGGUUGGGCAAACUCCCAUGAACCCUCCAGUACCUCUGUGAGGGUGAAGAGCUGGUCCAGUGUUCCACAGCCAGGACAGAGUCUGCAUUGUUCCUCCUGGGUCCGAGGUUCGACCGAUGGGCGGAUCCUACUCUCCAGUACCCCCAGCAUAGACCUGCCUAUGGAAACUGAGAAGUGCGAUCCCUUAAAGAUGGGCACGGCCCCCUGUAGCUUCCCGGUUGAAUUAUCGACAGCUCAAGGAUUGAGGAUUCAUAAAAAGGGGCUUUGUUUUCAUGAAGUCACCAUAAGAGCUAAAUGAAGAGAAAUAAUAAAAAUUCAACUAAAUAAAUGCAUUCCUGCAACUUCCAUGAACAAAUAGGUAUAAACAUAAAUUACUAUAUUUGCUUUAUUUGUUACUGUAUCUGUUAAUUCUGUAAAUUUUAGUGAACUACUGAAGGAACUAUUAUGGAAUGAUUGAAAGAAGAAGUAAUGAAUAACGCAAGUGAAACAUUGACCUCAUGUUUGUUCAUUAUUAAUGAAUCAUGACACAUCUUUCAUCUUGUGUGGCGACUAUGUAUGUUCAUGAUUUGUACUACAGUAGCAACUGAGUUACCACUAAAUACUUGUGUCCCCUCAAGUAAAGUGUUGCUGACUAAAUGGCGGUCCGUUGGUAAGGAGGAGUUGUGAGUAUGUUCUUUUACUGGGGACUGCCUGCAUUUAUCUGGAUAGUAAAUGUACAUUAAAAAAAAAAUUGAAACAUUAGAAUAUAUCCCUGCAAUGGGUUGGCGCCCCAUCCUGGGUUGUUCCCUGCCUU